GGGGCUGCCAUCUUGGAUUCGGACAGGUAUCCCGGCGGCGCCGCUGACAGUGAAGCUGCCGGCGGCCAUCUUGGAUUUGGGCUGAGGGUUGGGGCGGCGGCGGCCAUCUUGGGUCCGGGUGUGAAGUCAGUGCAUCCAGUCUCCUGUGAAAUGCUGGAAGGCAAACCUUCUGAAGAAGUCAAGAUGAAAUACCUCUGCUUUUGCCCAAGUAGAGAGGAAUGGGAAGCAGUAUGUGUGGUAUCAUCUCAGUCCAGCUCUGGAGGCUAGAGUUACAGAAGGCCUAGGAUAAUAAUAACAUGCUGCAAAUAUCCAGAGCACUGUUAUGUGAAGAUCCAGGAUGAUGACUCCUUUUACUUUCACGUCUUCAGAAGGAGAAGCUAGAGGGUCACAGCAGUGGAAUGAUCAGAUGGCUCUUGCAGUGGGUGGAAGGAACCCAAGCAACAGCGGAGGAUGUUGCAGCGAGCGUUCCCUGUGCUGCUGCGGUGGAGAAGACCUGCCGGCCCCGGCAGCCCCGGGUGCGACGCACCUCGUCGCUGGACACCAUCGUGGGCUCCUACCUGUUGGGACAGUGGCCAAGGGACACCGAAGGAGCUCCCACCUCGUGCAUGAGUGACAAAGCCACCCAGCCGUGUUUCUCAUCACUUCAGACUCCAGUGUCCUGGCCCGACGCGGAAGCCGGGAGAGGCAGCUCCAGUGCUCACAAACGUUCUGCUUCUUGGGGUAGCACAGAUCACCGCAGAGAGAUUGCCAAACUGAAGCAGCAGCUCCAGCGAACAAAGCUCAAUGGCAGAAGUGGGAAAGAAAAGGAGAAGAACUCCCCGCUGCAGGGGGACCACGCUGUCCUCGGAUCGCUCAGGGACUCUCCUUCAGGCUUCCUUUCUCCAUCUCCCAUGCUGAGGCUCAGCCCCUGCUUGCACCGGAGCCUGGAAGGGCUGAACCAGGAGCUGGAGGAAGUGUUUGUGAAGGAACAGGGGGAUGAAGAGCUGCUGCGGAUACUGGAUGUCCCGGACGGGCACAGGGCCCCAGCACCGGCCCAGAGGGGCUCUGGAGACACAUCCCUGACCCUGGAGCCCAGCAGCAGCUGCAGCAGCCUCUCUCUCUCCCCUUCCCCCUCCGUGUCUCUCCGCCUUUCUCCGCACACCCCGGUGAGACUGGCAGCAGAAGAGCCCUCCUCUGCGACCGACGAGGCGCAGCCAGAUCCAAUGGAGAAAGAGGAGGGCAGCCCUUCCCCAGUCCUGGCCUUCGCCUCUUCUCCUCGGCCCAACCACAGCUACAUGUUUAAACGGGAGCCUCCUGAGGGGUGUGAGAAGGUCCGGGCCUUUGAAGAAGCUUCCUCCCCUGGCCCCGAGCAGCCCUUUCAGCUUUCCUGCCCUGAUAAGAACAAAGUGCACUUCAACCCCACCGGUUCUGCCUUCUGCCCCGUCAGCCUGGUGAAACCUCUCUUCCCAAACGUGGGUUUCCUCUUCCGGGGCUUCCCAGCUCCUUCCAGCCCCCCAACGGGCACGUUUACGUCCUGCCAGCCCUCGGCCCCGGGCCCCUUCCUUGGGGUGCGGAAAGACGCUGUAGAUGGUUUCGGGGAGGUCCCCAAGUCUCCUUCACUGAACUACGAACACUGGAAACGCGGCCAACCCGAGGAGAGCGUCGUUUUCCACAGCUCCCUGGUGGUGUGAAGCCUCUGGGAAAAGGCAACCGGCGGCGGCUCUGGUUCCUGGGGGUGUCUGUGGUGACGGGGACGGGGGAGCCCGAGGGGGCAGCGCUGGGAUGGAGGGACCCGCAGCCGCCGUCCUGGGCGGGUGACACAAACUGUGAAGGACGCUGCGCCGCGGGACGACUCCUCGCUGCUGGAGAGGCUCAUUUCUCUGAGCCCUCCCCUCUUCAAAGCACUUUCCUGUGUUGAAUUGUCUUUGUUUCCUGUGUGAUUGUUUCGGAGGGGGGGGAACUCCUGUUCCGUGCCUUCCCUGAGGGAGUUGAGCCGGGAGAAUUCAGGUUCUGGCUUCUGUGGCCACCCCUUGCCCCGCGGCUGAGCCCUGGGGAGCGGGAGGGGGACACGGGGACCUGUGGGGGCGGCUGCCCCUUGGAUGGGUCAGAGCAGAAAACCUUCUUUCUGCACUAUGGGGCGGCUCAUCUCCCUGGGGGAGCGGUGGGUCCCUGGCCCUGCCUCCCCGGGACCCCUCGGGAAAGCCUGGAGCGUUGGGAAUGCUGCCCUGAACGGGGCGGGGGGCGCGGGUGU